CAGAAGAACAUCAGCUGAAGAACAACUCUGUUCUCCUGAGCACGGUAUCCACAUACACCGAAUAGACCCGGGGUCACUGAGAAUGAAGCUUCUCAUCUUUUCCUUGCUGCUGGUAGCAGUGACAACAAGAUCAAUCCCCGAUGGUCCGAAGAAACACCUAAAAUGUCCUGUAUUCACCAAAAAAAAUUCAACCGCUGUACGGCAAGAAAACAAGAGUGUUAGAAACUGUAGCGCCUGCGCACAGCCAGCCUGUACUUCAGACGCCGACUGUCAAGAUAACAAAAUCUGCUGUGAAAUCUGCUGCGGGUUCAGAUGUGUUACUGGUAUCAGUGAAUCUGCACAAGGACCUAAUGAUGUAAAGCAGGAAACACAUCACAGGAAUGGCGAUAACAAAUUAAGACACAAAAGAGAUGUCAAAGAUGGUGAAACAAAAAAUAGUAGCCCUGAAGAUGGACAAAGCAGCGAAGAAGAUAAACAGAGCAGUGAAGAAGAUGGGGUCAAACAGGGCAAAUCAAGAGGAAAGAGAGAUGUCAAUGAAAAGGAUGAACAGAGAAGUGGAGAUGAUGGUGAAAGAGGUCACAAAAUAGCAGAGGGACAGAGAAGAGAAAAUCGUGGGGAAAGAGGUCGCAAUAUAACGGAGGAAAAGAGAAGAGAAAUUCAUAAUGAAAAAGAUCGCAUUAUAGCAGAGGGGAAGAGAAGAGGAAAUAAUGGUGAAAGAGGUCGCAAUAUAACGGAGGAAAAGAAAAAAGAAAAUCAUGGUGAAAGAAGUGGCAUUACAGCAGAGGGGAAGAGAAGAGGUGAAAAGGAUCAUAAGAUAGCAGAAGAGAAUAGACAGGCUGAACAUGAAAAAAAGGGUCACCAAACAGCAAAAGAUAAGCAACAAGAGAAACAGGAUGACAAGGGACUGGCCACAGCAGCAGAGAAGAGUCAACAAGAGCAUGCAGGCAAUGUAAUUAGAGAGAAAAGACAUGCCAGAUCUGGUAAUCAUGGGGAAAAGCUAGGCCAUAAAGAAGGAGAGAGAAAAGGACAGAGCAGUGAAGAAGAUGGGGUCAAACAGGGCAAAUCAAGAGAAAAGAGAGAUGUCAAUGAAAAGGAUGAACAGAAAAGUGAAGAUGAUGGUGAAAGAGGUCACAAAAUAGCAGAGGGAAAGAGAAGAGAAAAUCGUGGGGAAAGAGGUCGCAAUAUAACGGAGGAAAAGAGAAGAGAAAUUCAUAAUGAAAAAUAUCGCAUUAUAGCAGAGGGGAAGAGAAGAGGAAAUAAUGGUGAAAGAGGUCGCAAUAUAACGGAGGGAAAGACAAAAGAAAAUCAUGGUGAAAGAAGUGGCAUUACAGCAGAGGGGAAGAGAAGAGGUGAAAAGGAUCAUAAGAUAGCAGAAGAGAAUAGACAGGCUGAACAUGAAAAAAAGGGUCACCAAACAGCAAAAGAAAACCAACAGGAGAAACAGGAUGACAAUGGACUGGCCACAGCAGCAGAGAAGAGUCAACAAGAGAAUGUAGGCAAUGUAGUUAGAGAGAAAAGACAUACCGGAUCUGGUAAUCAUGAAGAAAAGCAAGGCCAUAAAGAAGGAGAGAGAAAAGGACAGGAACCAGGAGAAAGGGUAGGUCAAAAUGUGGGUGAGAGAAAUAAAUCUAACAACCCAAGUUACAAUCAAGGGAAAAAUGCAGAUAAUGAAGUUAGAGAGAAAAGAGAAGUCAGACCUCAAACUGGUAAUCACGUCAGCAGACACCCAAGAGAUUUACUUGGCUAUAUAAAAAGAGAAAAUUCCAGCCCAAGUGACAAUCAGGGGGAAAAUGUACACAAUGUAGUUAGUGAGAAAAGCCAUGCUAAAUCUCCUAGUCCGAGACAAAAGCUUAACCAUAAAGUAAGAGAGUCAACAGGACAGGAACCUGGGGAAAGGAAAAGUCAGCUAAAACAUAACAGGCAUCACCUCUGUAAUGAAACAUGUAAGCAUGGAAGUAAUGGGACCCAGAGACAUGAACGUAAAUGGACCAAGGGAAGACGCCAUGAUAAUACUACCUGUGAACAUAACGGUACCUGUACACAUAACAGGACCAUGGAACACAAGCAUGAGAAGAAUUGGGAACGCAGGGGAGAAUGUAAGCAUGGAGAAAACUGUACAAGAACAGAAUGUAAAUCAGGGAGAAUAUCAGACAACAAGGAAUUUAAAAGAGAAAAUACAGAAUCAAAAGAAGAAAUAGAGAAGAAUAAAAAAACACAUACAGCUAGGAUAAAGAGACACGAACAUAAUUGUACCAAGGGAAGACACCAUGAUAAUACUACCGGUGAACAUAAUGGUACCAGUACACAUAGGCAUAACAGGACCAUGGAACACAAGGAAAAAGGUAAGCAUGGAGGAAACCGUACAAGAGAAUUUAAAUCAGGGAGAAUAUCAGACAACAAGGAACUGGAAAUAGAAAACAAACAAUUAAAAGAAGAAAUAGAGGAGAAUAAAAAAACACAUACAGCUAGGAUAAAGAGACACGAACAUAAUUGUACCAGGGGAAGACACCAUGAUAAUACUACCGGUGAACAUAAUGGUACCAGUACACAUAGGCAUAACAGGACCAUGGAACACAAGGGAAAAGGUAAGCAUGGAGGAAACCGUACAAGAGAAUUUAAAUCAGGGAGAAUUUCAGACAACAAGGAACUGGAAAGAGAAAACAAAGCAUUAAAAGAAGAAAUAGAGGAGAAUAAAAAAACACAUACAGCUAGGGUAAAGAGACAUGAUAAACAGAAAAAAAAGAAUUCACAAAGGAGACAAAAACACGAAUCCGAAGAAGAUAAAUCCAGUGAGGAAGUUAAAAGUAAAGAAAUCAGAAAUAAUAAAAAAGGAAACAGAAAUGAUUCAGGAGGGAGCUCUUCUCAUGAAUCAGAGUCAAGUGAAGAACAGUCAUCAGUUCAGCAGACAUCAGUGGAGAGCAAUGACACCCCAACAGGCUCUUCAAAUAAACAGCUAUCAACCCCACCUCAAGUGCAACAAAUUCAAACAUCUGAACAGGCAGUUGAAAACAGUGAACAGAAAUCAGCUCAAACAUUUAACCUACAACGGGGAGAAGCACAAGACCAGCAACCAGUUCCAGCAAUUGCACAGCCAUCAGCUACAGUGCCACUUCCAAAAAAUGAGCAACUAUUAACUGUGGACAAUUAACAGCCAACAUUACUACCAGCUGUCCAACCACAAAACCCACCUGAAGAACAGGGAUUGGGUGCAUAGACCAUGCAACAAUCAACUUUAGAUAAUUAGUAGUCUUCUGUGCUGACAUAGUAGAAGUGAAUAGUAGUUUGUUUCUGCAAGUAAACAGCACCGAAAUUUAGUUUAUGUUAUAAUUGGUGUAGUAAAUAUAGAAUAUAACAGGGAUGCAGGGAAACAAAUAUUGGACUGCUAGCUUUUGAAUUUAUACUAAAUAUCCUUAUGUGUUAUAAUGUUAGGCCGUCUUGGACAUGUUUUUUUUUUCUAAAGUCUUCCUAAGAGUAGUUACCCACUUUGUUCUUGUGCAAAACUUUUAUUAAAGAGCUUUCUUCAAAGACAA